AUGUGCAACAGUAAAUGUCAGCGUUGGCAGACAGACAAUAGCGGUAGCACAGACAGGAGUCUAUUUCAGUGAGCCAUUCACAUUUGGCACAGACACUAUAAAUCUGAUUGAUAUUUCUCCAUCGUCUCUCAGAAAGUUUACGCUGCCCCCCUCCACACACACUUUUCUUCAGUUUUGAGGUCCGUCUCAAGGAGCUGUGUGACUUCAAUAAGUGUGGGAAUCUAAGACAUCCAUGGCUGAGGAACCCAAAAAAUGUAAGAUCUCGUCCGGCCGAAAGCUGGGGUUGAAGAUUAGACUGUUGGCAGUUGCUGCUCAGAUGCUUCAGGAGGAGACAGAGCAGAGGAUAAAGGAGAGAGAAGCUGCUCUGGCAGAGAGAGUUCCUCCUCUGAAUCUGUCUGGUCUGUCUUUGCAGGAGCUGCAGGAUCUGUGCAAAGACUUGCACCACAAGAUCGAUGUCGUAGAUGAGGAGCGCUAUGAUAUUGGCCUUAAGGUUUCCAAAAAUGACAUGGAGGUUGAAAACAUGAAUCUGAAGAUCACUGAGCUCCAGAGUAAGUUCAAGAAACCGAAUCUGAAGAGAGUGAAGAUCUCAGCUGAGGCCAUGCUGAGCGUCUUGCUGGGCUCCAAACACAAAGAGUCCAUUGACUUCAAGGCCAACCUGAAGACGGUCAAGAAGGAGGAGGAAAAGGAGGAGGUGACCGACUGGCGGAAGAACGUGGAGGCCAUGUCGGGCAUGGAGGGCAGGAAGAAGCUGUUUGACGCCUCUGGAAACUAAAGACACAGUGGGUUUUUUGUUCGAAGCAUCUGAUGUUGAAUUUUUAACAUAACCAUCUGAUCUGUAGCACACUGAUUCAUGAAUUGCAGGUAUAAAUAAACACCCCUGAACAAGAUUGAAAGUGAUUUUUAAAAGGAGCAUGGCCUUCAGGUGGUGUUUAACUUGUUUAUAUAGUUUCUCCACACAUAUUCUUGCAUUCUUGAAUUCUGAUGACUAGACUUCAAUGUGCCUCACUGGGUAUGCGUAAGUGAUGCAGUGGUUAUUUGCAGUAGUUCUCCAAUGCAGCCUUAAGAUGGCAGUAGAAUUCUUUCAAACAGUCUACCGGGACUUGUGGAGCUAAAGUAGUGUCCACUGUGUCAACAUGCUACCGUGGAUCUGGAGUGACUAUGUGCCUCAUAAAUUAACACAUUGUUUGGCCAUUUAAGAAACAUUGCUAAAAAAAAUGAAUUCUAAUUCCAGUCUUAUUUAAAGUGAGUCUUUAUUAGAGUGUGUUAUCCUCUUAUUUUGUUUAUGCACGUAAGAACCAGCAAUGAUCUCUGAAUAAAAGCAAAACAAUCCUG